CCUAGAGUGCGGGAUAGGUUCACCAGCUACGUUGAUGCUACUUUUUGUCCAGCACUAGUUAUCAAUGUACUUCCUGUCAAUGAGUAUGACCCGAUCCUCACUCCAACGUCUCAGACUAUCACCAUUCCGGAAGGUGCACCACAGGAUUUAUACGUGGCUGAGUUUGCAUGCAGUGACCAGGACAAGGAGUCUGUUGGAGAUCCUGACGGAUGUUCUAUAAUAUCUAUUGAGUCGGGAGAUGAUGCUAAACCGAAUUUUAAACUGACUUCGAACACAGUUAAUGGUACAGUUUUUAAUGGUACAAUAUCUACAACUAACAACGUCAUUGAUUACGACACUGGUGACGUCAGAUACACACUUUUUGUGAUUGGUGUUGAUAGUUCGACAAGAGAUGCUCGUAGGACCGGAACCAUGACGGUUACAGUUAACAUUCAACCAGUUAACGAGUACACCCCGACCAUACACAACCAACCACUAGGAACAAUUAUUCCGGAGGAUACAUUGGUUGGCAGGGAGAUCUUUAAGGUGAAUGCUACAGAUCGUGACGCAGGACCUCAUGGCAAGCUUACCUACAAAAUUAUAGGUGGAAAUGAUAUGAAUCGGACCUUCUUGAUUAAUCCUUCAACGGGACAAAUUUACCUCCAUAAGCCAGUUGACUUUGAAUCUACCGAACCAAAAACACACUCUUUACGGAUAAAAGUUUCUGACGGAGGAGGGCUGUCAUCUAUUGCUACUGCUGACGUCACAGUAACUGACGUCAACGACAAUAAACCUGUCUGUACGCCCAAAGAAGCAAACAUCACCUUACGUAAAGAUCAGGUCCUUGGAACAGCGGUUUUAUCAAUCACGUGUACUGACGCGGAUGCGGGGACCAAAUUCAAAUACCAGAUAGCUUCUGGAGAUGGAGGAAAGUUUGAUAUAUCUGACGCUGGUGACUUGAUAGUGAAACAAGAUCCUUAUCAAGACGUUGACAGUCCAGUCUACAACGUGAUGAUUCAGAUUUCUGAUGGUUUCCAUUUGGUAUUCGUCACUGUCUCUCUCCGACUAGAGCGAUCAGGUGUCGACAAUAAAAACUCAUCCUGCACAACAAAGAACUGGAGAAACGGCUUUAAUGGAACAGUUGGAACAAGAACUAAAGCCGUUUGUGUGCGUCCGUCGCUUGGUAGCGCUACAGUUUCCACGGAGGAGACAAUAUAUGUUGGUUCUACUAUUUACACGAUUUCCGGAUUUGAUGCCGAUGGAGACAGAGUUAUAUACUACAUGAGAGGAGAUGACCCAUAUUUUUCACUGAAUGGUAGAAAUCUUGUUGUGAAAGCUCAUUUGGAUUUUGAACAAGCAACUCAACAUAUUGUCAACAAUGUAUGGGUGAGAGACGGAAGUACCUCCGCUUCUGAUGGAGAAAAUUGUCCAGAGAUUACUGUCAACGUUCUGCCAGUCAAUGAACAUGAUCCACAAUUCUGUGUCGCAACUCAGACAGUAUACAUUAAGGAAAGACUUCCACAAGAUUCUUUUGUGGCUCGCUUUGACUGCACAGAUUUUGACAAGGAUCAUCAAGGUUAUCCUACUGGGUGUAGUGACGUAUUCAUUGAGUGUGGAGAUGAUCAAAUUCCGAAGUUUCAGAUUGUCGGCAAUGAAAUAUUAACCACAAGUAAUGCUAUUGAUUACAGCACCUGUGGUACCAGCUACACGCUUAUUGUUGUUGGUGUUGAUAACCCCUCGCGUGGAAGCCCUAGAAGUGGGACCAUGACAGUCUCUGUCAACAUUGAACCAGCAAACUAACGAGGAAAAUGUCAUUUAGCGAAGUGUUGACGUCUCUCCUAUGUUUCCUAUCUUUAGGGAUUUUUUAACAAAUCGUUUCAUGUUCAAUAACAACACAAAAAUACCUUUUCAUGUUAUAAUGAAAAUAUA